GAAACUUGACAGCCCGUCGUCACUGCCUAGCAAAACAAUUAUCCACGGCCCCCCUGUUGCUCGAAUGAGACGUACGGAACCCCCGCUGCUUGUGCUGUAGCUUGCUGAAAGUUCUGGUUCGUCUCUUCCUCCCCGAACUCACGUGACGUCGCUUCCUCAGGGCUGGCACUCAAUGAACGGCCCGGUCAAGAAUGACAUCCCCAAGAAGCCCGCCGCCGCGCCCCGGACGCCGAAGUCCCCGGCGCCGGCACCAAGACCACCGAACUCGAGUGCGACAAAAACUCCGGCCGUGAACGGAAACCAGGCGCCCAAAGAGCCGCGUGGGAGAUCUCCGAAUGCUUCGGCACGAAUGGCAACAGAAAAACUUCGCCAAGAAGCGGCGGCAUUACAGAAAAGGGUAGCGCAGUUCCGUUUGGAAAACCAGGGACUCAAGGCAAAGGUGAAACGCCUCGAGGAGGACUGUGUGCGCAAGUCGAGGCAACUGGACAAGCUUACACAGACAGCCAAGGACAAAGUGGCAGCUGCUCAGGAACAGAAGAAAGGAGAUGAUGCCAUGAAGCAAAAGUGUACCAGACUUGAAAUGCAGCUCAAAGAAAAGGAAGACAAGUUGAAAAAACUCCAGGCCAUCCAGAGACGCUCAUCAGAGACAGCCACACCAGAGAAACUGCAUCCUGCCAAAUCUCGGCUGACGAGCAGUCAGCCACGAGGGUCGAGCGCUGAGCUCAUGAAACUUCGUGAGCAGAUAGAUCGUAUCAGCCAAGAGAACCGCCGACUAGGUUUCCAGCUGAAGGAAAAAGACCAGGAAAUUCGCCGACUGAAGUCCCAGCUGCAGCCAGCAGCACCGACAAAAACACCCGUGAGGACACCGACAAGGACACCGGUGCCUGGCCGUGGAAGUGGCCAGAGACCAGCCAGUUCAUGCCGAGUCGGGUCGGCUGCCACAGAGCCACGCAAGAAUGUUGCCACAGCCAAGCGCUCAAACACCUUCAGUGUCACCCGAGGCCCUCCACAGCCAGACGACAAAACAGAUACGUCGGAAAUUUCGGUUGAGCCAAGAUCGACACCCCUGAACAGCAAGCCGCAGCAGACACUGCCAAGCAGCAGCAGGGAAGUGCUGGCACCCCCAGCAGCAGUAGUAACGUCCAAACCAACUGCCACAGUGAAACCAGCCGCAUCCAGUCAGCUGCUGGACCCGAAGGCCUGAAGCGGUCCGGCGCAACCAUGCUGCGAAGAAGAUUCAGCGGGUGUGGCGGCAGCACAAACGGCGGGCCAGCACGACAUCUCAAGCCCACUCUGAAGUUUCUGGGCUCUCAGAGGCCUCUCAACUAUCACAAGGCUCCCAGGUGUCGUCAAAGGCAAAGCUGAUGGAGCACAAAUAGGAGAUCUGGAGCUGCUUGAAAACUCGGUGUAAAGGAAAGCAAAAAAAAAAUUAUUUUUUUCUUCCAUUUUACGCACAUUUGGUACAUGCUGGAAUGUACAACUUCCGUUGCAUCACGACAGUGCACGUCACAAAGUUUAGCGCAAUGCGCUCUCGUCGCAGCCUCUUUAUGAACUUUGCGAGUGCGUUUGUGUUCUGCACGUGGGUCUGUGUAGCAGUGUUCACAGCAGCCGAUUGCAAUUUUGAGAUGUGUAUGUUGAGAGCGUGUGGUUGUUCUCAGUCCUGUAUUGUGUUGAACAAAGUGCGAAGGAACGGUAUUACAAAGCGUUGAUGGACAUAGCACUACUGACGAUUACGUAUCAUAUUUAUUGCCGGUAGAACCUGUGCCGAGAAUUUAUACUAAAAGUGGUCUUGCGGGAUAAACACAAAUUUUGCCUUUAUGUGUGGAUUCAUGGCAACAAGCUCAGCCUUGCUGUGAAGCUGUACCAGAGUGCAAUAUUUGCACACAAAUGCGCUAUGCAUUGCCGUGAAACAGCUGCAAAGAACAGCAGUGGCAGUGAUAAUGACAAUAAAUGCAUUCAAAAUGAAACACAUGUAAAACUGAUAGUCAAGCUUUGCUUUAUGCACACUCUAUGCCAGGUAGCUUUUAUGAAGGAUGCUGUAGUCAGUUGUUUGGGCAGGUUAUAUGGCGCAUGAAUUGAAUUCCACCUUUUCUGAGGGCAGUGAUGGAUAUUACGCAGCUGCAGGUUGUACAAAUGAAAGCGUUGAAUUUCAGAAAAUGUCAAAUGAAUUAGCACCGAGCAAGGUCAACACUAACACGUGCUACAAUUUAUUCAACAAACAGGAACAGGAAAUUUUGUGAGGUCAAAAAAAAGCUUCCUGCCAACAUUUGUUUAAAUGGUUGUGUCCAGUUUAUUUUAUUGUUUUGGGCCUUUUGUGGGCAGAGUGGGAUUUGCAACUUGCUGCACCAUUGAAUACAGGUGUCGUAUGUUACGCACCUUGCACAUUUUCUUCAAUGUGUACUUUGUACUAGUGACGAAAUGUUUGCGUUUUUUCAAUGGGAUUAGAAAGGCUAUAAGACUGAAGUUGAAGUAAUCUUGUUUCUUGUUGAUGCUGUGCACAAAACUGUUAAGAAACUGAAACUGGGAUACUCCAGCCUUUCUUUUUCUUUACUUCACAGUGAUUCAGAAUACUCGCAUUUCUUUGUUGGUGGUGUAGUGUAUUGUCGCCGAUAUCAAUAUGUUUCCAUAGGAACCUGCAUUUUAAAGGACCUCACUACUUAGCUUUCACGUGAGCAUGGUAUUGUUGCUUGUAUGUAGUCCGGUAUGUUGAGAAAAAAAAGUGUGAUCAUGUAUGUUUUGUAGUAGUAGAAAAUGCAAUAAUCGUUUGUACCAUCGUUGACAAUUUUAAGAAAGCAUGUAUGUUAUGUAGGCAAUUCAUUUUUUACAAGUAUGGCCACUUGGUAAAACCUUGUGAAUUAGUUCGGAACAUGUCCAAGUUUUGUCUUGCAUGAUCAUCGAUUGAUUUUGCAUCUGCCUUUAAAGGGGCUCUGCAAUAAAUUUUAACAAAGGUGUGGAACGUUUCAUAAUAAAGGGCAUAUAAUCUUCACAAACCUUGUCAAAAACAUUUAAAGGCACCUAUCAAAUGCUGCCUCUAACACCUUCACAGGAUUCCUACUCUGCCAAAGUAUGCCUCGAUUGCUCCAUGCAUCAUUCUCUUGAGCUUUAAAAUCAGCGCGACAUCCCAUGAUCAGUCCAACCUGCUGCUGAACCUCACAAGUCAUGGUGCCACUGCCUUGUCAGUUAUGAUUUCAUUUCCUACUUCUGCCAGGACAUAUAAAAAGAACCCAGCCAAUAGGCGACUUGCUUAUUGCUGUGUCACAGUAAGCAUGAAAGGUCAAUCCAGAAGUUCACGAAAAGAGCAAGUGGUCUUUAGUAGAAUUGCAAGCCCUGUGCUGGGUACGCAAGACUAAAAUUGGCUUAGGUAUUCAUCAAGGCAUUGUCGGGGCAUUGUCAAUAGACAGGUUCGUCCUUCUCAUUCAGGAAGCAUUGCAGAGCUCCUUUAAUAGCCAAAAGCUUGCUUUAUUAGACUAUAAUUUGCAGGUGUUUCUCCAGGCUGCACAUUUUCAUAACUAGCGACAGCUCUGUUGGGACUAAUUGAACGCACAAUUUUGAUGUAUAAAACUAUGCCUACUUUUGUUGCAAAAAAAAGAAAAAAGGCACAUUCCAUGCUUUAACCUUUCCAUAUAGAUGGCUCUAGCUUGUCAGCAAGUCUGGGCAACUAUAUGGCCUACAAGUGAGGCUUGUGAAAUUUUCUUUCAGCUUGCUGAAAUAUGCAUGAAAAGGUGCAUCACGGCUUGUAGAUGGCAUUUAAACGCACAGCUGUUUGCUGCUGCUAGCCCUAUCCAUUUUAAAAGUGAACGACACUAUGAAUGCUAGAUGACAAGGAUUUUUUCUGUUUGCCUUCUCAGUUUCUGAAACUUUAAACAAAUUGGCUAUGCUGUCACUAGCUUGGCAUACCAAUUGCCAAAAAUGUUGGCUUAGUAGGACAAUUAGCGAAUGGGUCUGCUACUAGGGCAUUAAAUGGUGGGUUAAUUCCCAGUGGUACUAUUACCAUUUUCUUUAUGGGAAGGAGUAUUUUGCCAGUGACAUGGCCAAUGUGUCCUCGUUUCUUGUGUGCACGCUGCAGUUUCAAAUGAACUGAAACGCUGGCCUACAAAAACGUUUUCAAUUAUGAAAUUUUAUGUAUACCUUGUUUGCUUUGCUCAAAAAUAGGGCAGUGAAGUAUGUAUUGUCUGUGCGGUGAAAAUAAAACUCGUUGCACCGUACUGCUUGUAUUUCACCUAUCGUAGUGACAAGGGGCA